AUGAACACUACUAUCACUGGCCGCAUGCUGCUGCAGCAAGCAGAGUUGCAGGUUCCAGCUGAACAAAGCCCCCAGCAUGGUCAUCAUGAGCAAGAUCUGCACCAAGAGUCCAUCUUUCCUUCGAAGCUGGCUAUGUGUUAUGAGACACUGAGUGUCAAUGAUGCCGACGAGAGAGUCGGUGGCCGAAUUGAGCGGCGCGGAGAGUGCCAAGCAUGUAACAACAUGGCUAUUCCUGUUUCUGCUCUGGAAGCGGCCGUAGAGCAGAGCAAGACUGUGCUCGGUGAACUCGUCGACGUUUUCAACCAGCCCCAUGUCUCGACUGCAGGUACGGACUGGCGGGACGCUAUCAGCGAGCUGCUCGAAUCUGCUAGAAAAACCGAAAGUCGUUAUUCGGGUGCUCGGGGCUACGGGCGCCGGCAAAUCGUCCCUCAUCAAUGA